CAGCUGCAUGGCUUGUCCUUCUCUCGAUACCCUAUCACACCGCCGGAAGUUGCCAGCGCAUGGGAUAAUUCCUUCUUCCCGUACCCGGAACUGAUUGGCUUGGCCGUGUCUCAAACCUAAACGGGCUGCCGUGAGAAGGAAAGGGAACUACCACGUGUGCGGCCCGACAAACGCCGCAAGGCCAUUUUCUUCAAAAGCCCCAUCAAAGCCUCGCUCCUGCCAACAUCACAACAUCAUUUCGAUACAUCACGCAAGCAAUGGAGGAAUUGGGUCUAUUUGUUCAACUUCUCCUUUACCAUGGCGCCAGUCACCACAAUUAAGAACACGGAGAAACUACUUCUCAAAACAUGUCAAAAAGUACUGGGAACCUCAAAAACUGAUUUCGGCGUCGAAACCAAUUUUAUUCAAUGGGGAGUGACAUCUCUCGACAUCAUCAAGCUGAAAGGGAACUUGCAACAAGAACUGGACUGCGGGAAUGAGAUCCCGUUGACCACAAUCCUGUCAAAUCCAACGGUUCGCUCCCUAUCACAAGCACUCGCAGAGGGAGCGCCAGGUAGCGAGACAUAUACUCCUGCAGUUGUUCUUCAGCCUAAAGGGAAAAGGGCUCCACUCUGGCUUUUCCACCCUGACAAUGGCGAAGUCCUAGUCUUCCUUGGCCUCGCCAAACUUAUCAGCGACCGCCCAGUCUUCGCUCUGAGGGCCCGAGGGUUCAGCCCUGGUGAAACUUUCUUCUCUUCGAUCAACGAAGUGGUCAAUGAAUACCACAAAGCAAUAAAGACGCAGCAACCUUACGGUCCAUAUGCACUAGCUGGCUACGAGUACGGGUCAAUACUUGCAUUCGAGGUUGCCAAGGUUCUCACGGGGAGCGGAGAAGAGGUCCGGUUUCUUGGCACUUUCAAUUCCUCACCACACAACGCACACCAAUCGAGUCAGAUAGACUGGUCGCUGUGUCUGCUUAAUCUUGCUGUUUCUCUCGGACUUCUCUCGGAACAACAUAAGGCAUCGGUCGUCCAAUAUUUUCCAGCACUGGCGAAAGGAGAGGCUGUCCAACAUAUCCAGCAUGCAUCAGAUCCCACUCGGAUGGCCGAACUUUGCCUUUCAGGGGACGCAUUGGCGGAUUGGGCAGAUGUUGCAUUUUCACUGCAAAAAAUGGCUGUGGGUUACCUACCUAGUGGGGAAGUGGGUAAUAUAGACGUUUUCUGCGGUGGGCCACCCCCAACUGCGGCUAACGAGGAAGAUUGGGUUGCAAAACACUUGAGGAGAUGGAGGGAGUUUGGACGAGACGUUAAUUUCGUAGAAAUUGAAGGUGAUAUCCAUGGAGGAAUGCUUGGACCGGAUUCUGCAGCAACUUUUCAGAAGACUUUGAGUAAAGUUCUGCUGGCAAGAGGUCUAUGAAACUUUCAACUAGGUGCAAUAUCGAAUAAGAAAUUUUGUGCUAGGGCAGAUGAAUAUAAUUAAUUUUUUUCGC